AGUCUAUGUAUGUAUGUUUUAGGUAUGUUUUAAGAUAACGAUCUGUGCCUCUUCAAGUCCUAUAAUUUAUGUGCAGUUUUUUGACCGAAAUUAAUGAUUGUUAACGAGUUCAAAAUCAAAAGAGGGCGCUCUGUCAUGAAACCAGGAAAUAACUUUUUCAAGUUUCUGCAAAACUAACUCGCCUGAUUUUGCAGGCAAUUGCAGUGAUUUCUAUCCGCUGCAUGUGGUAUGGUAGCGUGAGACGGAACUUAAUUAAAAUAUCAGGUAUUGUCCUGCUGCUGUCCAGCUAGUUGUGGUGAAUGUUUUGUUGACUGUGUUUUCUUCUACCAUGAUCAACUCAUGAGUGACUGUCAGUUCAACAAAAAAAUAUUAAUUUGUAAUAAUAAUGUAAAGAGAUACCGAGCGAAUACACUUCAUGAAAAAAACACCUGUACACCAAGUCUAUUUGUCUAGGCUCAUCUGCCUAUGAACGUCAUUGCUGUUUGAGGAUAUCCUUUGAAAAACACAAAAAUUCACUGACAACAAAUAGACAAAGGAGCCCUUGAAGCUUUCGGACGAACUAUGAACAAUUACCUCAGGAUUUGAGGUCCACUCGUAUCAAAACAGGAAAAAGGGAGUCGAUGACAUAUGUGUGAUAAAAAUACCUCUUCUGGGAAACCCAGUUUUACCGACUACAUAAAAAAGGAGUGUGACUGAGUAUGGCCAGACCAAGCGAUCUUGUUUUGAGAGAGAGUAACAACAGUGUCAGCAUGCCUCCCAUAGUGCCAGUCAGAAGUCCGGUGGUAGCAAAUCGAAUGCAUAGAGGUGCCAGCGGAGGAGGAAGAGGCAAAUUGGACGAGGCUCGCAACUAUGAGUUUUACUUUGGGAAAAUCCCUAAUAAUCAGGUUGAGGAACUGCUGAAGCCACACAUGGAGAAGAGAGGUGCGUUUCUACUUCGUGACAGCAACACCGAGGAGGGGAUGCUCACAAUAUCUGUGGUCGACAAUCCCAAGCACAUUUAUCACUUUAAAGUGAAGUGCACAUCAACUCUGAUUGAGGUGACCGACAAACUCAAGUUCCACACCCUAAAGGCCCUGCUAGAUUACUUUCAGAUUAACGAGGUACCAGGCAGGGACACAUCUCAACUCAAGCUUAUUUAUCCGGUGAACGGACACUCUCGAAGACGAAGUGCCAGCCCACCACUGAGUCCGUUCCAAAAGGCCCAGAGUCCUAAACAGACUUUGGAUCAAGUUCGUCCAGCAAGCUACAGGCAAUCAGUAAGCCCCAGGCAACCGAGGGACUUUUUGGAUUCACGAAACCCGGUCCCCAUACCAGAACCAGGCAGAGAGCCGGUGUACUUCAGCAACGACCACAUCUACUGCCGGGCGGAGGAUCUCACCCGCUCCAAGCUCGAGGAUCUGAAAAAGCUGUGCGAGCUAUCGGACUUGAGUAACAAGAAAUGCACCUGCGGACUGUACAUGGACGAGUCGGUGUUGGUCGACGAUUGGAUGAUGCAUAUUGACAAACAAUCCAGCGACGAUCAUGCCGGUAGCGGUCGACUGUUCUUUGUAAAUACACUGACAAAUGAGACAACGUGGAGGCUUCCUGACAGUACGAUGGCAUCGUUAGAAAGACUUCACCCGGAUAAAUACACACAUGUGCUGCAACUCUUGAGUUAGUGAAACGAAUUGCAUAGUUUUUUAAAUAGGGGGUUAUAUUUGCAACAGGGAUAAAGAAUAUUAAUAUAAAUUUGGUUUGUGGUAACACCAUGUGUGUGUCUACUUACAUGGUAAAUGUUGUGAUGGAUAGUUACUCUCAUGCCUAGUGACUUUAUGAGUGCACUGUUUGGUUUAGGUGGAUACAGACACAAGUUACCUAGUUUUUACCCAAACCAAAUAGUGUUAUAGUCUUGUGUCCACCAUAUCUCAAAAUGGCUUAUUAAGUUUGACACGCUGUCUGGGAUCUGAGUAUAAUGCUUCUGUUAUUAGCACUAGUAGGGUGGAGUGCUUAAACAUUAUUUUGUUCAAUAAUCAUCAUGCGUGAUAACUCAAUUUAUCAAUUUAAUUGCUUUAUUGAUUCAGUUUCUUAGCCAAAUAGAUUCCUCAUAACUAAUUGUAUAAAUUGUGAAUAGUAUGUAUAAACUAAACUUUAUGUGGAAACAAAAACUCAGAUGUGUGCAAGAGGAGAUUAGCGAUUUUUCCAUUAUUCUUAAAAUUGUUUUGUCUUAAUGCCCCUUAUUUUUUGACCACGCUAUAAAUAGU